GUGGUAGAAAAGCAAAGAGCGAUCGGGGUAAGAGCGGGAUACGACGGAGGAGAGGCCAAGGGUGUGCGGGGAAGCGGGCGGAGAGCGGAUGAAGACUGCUCCUGAGCGUAGACCCCUAUUUCACGUGUCCCGGAAAGGACACCGUCAAGUACACUAGCCACAAGACCGCGACCGCUCCCAAAUGCGCCUCCCUUAUAGUUCUAUCCAGUCUAUGCAUCCUGCCCUCUCCUCCCACCCUACUCGGAUCUUCUCCUCCUUGACCGCUCGCAACUACCGUUCGUUAUCACCGGACAGCGCUCCCUCUGACGCUAUUUAACUAUACCACACCAACAGCCGGAGCCCUCCUGAACUUCUUUUUAUACUUUCUGUAUUGACAUUUGCAUCACCAUGUCACGAUCUGGAGACAGGAAGCCUGUUGGGUUUGCGACCCAGUUGAUUGCGGGCGGUACCGCAGGUGCAAUGGAAGCGCUAGUAUGUCAACCGCUAGACACAAUCAAAGUCCGAAUGCAACUCUCAAAGUCUGGUCUGGCACCAGGGACAAAACCGAGAGGUUUCAUCGCCACCGGUGCCAUGAUAGUAAAACGAGAGACACCGCUCGCACUCUACAAAGGUCUCGGUGCCGUCCUCUCAGGCAUUGUCCCCAAAAUGGCCGUCCGGUUCGCGAGUUUCGAGACGUACAAAGGGUGGUUGGCGGAUAAGGAGACAGGCAAAACGGCUGUCGGGAACAUCUUCCUCGCUGGGUUGGGUGCUGGUACAACAGAAGCCGUGGCCGUAGUCACACCCAUGGAAGUCGUCAAGAUCCGUCUUCAAGCGCAAAUGCAUUCUCUCGCCGAUCCGCUAGAAACGCCUAGAUACCGGAACGCUGGACAUGCUGUUUAUACCAUCGUUCGUGAAGAAGGUGUCGGAGCGCUCUAUCGAGGUGUCAGUUUGACUGCUCUUAGGCAGGCUACCAAUCAAGGCGCGAACUUCACUGCGUACCAGGAGUUGAAAAAGUUGGCGCAUAAAUGGCAACCUGAGCUUGAAGACUUGCCUUCAUACCAACACAUGUUCAUCGGUCUCAUAUCCGGAGCCAUGGGUCCCUUCUCCAACGCACCGAUCGAUACCAUCAAGACUCGUCUCCAGAAAGCCACCUACGAACCCGGAACGUCCGCAUUCCAACGAAUAGCAUCGAUCGCGAGGGAAAUGUGGCGUCAAGAAGGAGUCAAGUCGUUCUACAAGGGGAUUACGCCGCGAGUGUUGCGUGUGGCCCCCGGCCAGGCGAUUGUGUUUGCGGUUUAUGAGAGGGUGAGGAGGCUUAUUGAGAAUGCGAAGGGCAGCGAGGAUAGUGAUGUGUAUACCGAGUGAUGGAGCGAUGAGAUGAUUGUAUUGUAUCGUUUUUUUUUUUUGAGUAUAGUGUAGUGUAAUAUAUCCCGGACUCCUUGGGUCCUCCCUUCAGGGUCAUAAUGCGGAACCUAGUUCAUCAACG